GCCGCCGGCGUGCUGGUCUACCGCGGCCUGCUCGUUGGCUGGGAGCCAGUGGGCGCUUACGAGGUGCGACGCGCUGUGCUGAGCGCUCCGGGGAGGACACGCCCUAACAGCCCCGCCCAGCGGAAAAUGGCUCCGUCAGCUCGGCAGAUUCCAAGAUGGUUCAACGCGCUGAAAAUGAGUAACGUGAGCGCCGCACAACUCAGAAAACAAACGGGGAGCCGGAGGAUGUCUCCGCCUGAGCCCUCGGCACCGUUGCGACGGUCUUCUCACCAUUGUGUCCUCCGGGAGCAAUUCAGCUCUUAUAGUUCGUCUUCCUUACGGAACAGUUCCCAGGUUUCCAGCUCUAACCCCCAAGACGCUGCUUCGGGGCAAAGCACCCGUCUCCCUUCCGUUCACGAAGAACCGCCCGAGACGAAGAUCAUUCCCAACUUGGAUUCGGUGUUCUCGCUAGAAGAGCUGGAAGAGUUGCCACCACCGUCCCCGCUGGAUCCAAUUUCCGAGGAGGAGGCCGUGCGGAUUGAAGCGGAGCCUCCGCUCCCCCCGGCUUCGUUCACGCUUCGAGAUUACGUUGACCGCUCGGAGACCUUGCAGAAGUUAGUGCACUUGGGUGUUGAGUUAUACAAACUGGAAAAGCGUCGAGAUGUAGGCACCCUCCUCCUGAGACUGGAUUUUGAAAGGGACAUAAGAAAAAUACUUUUGUUUCUCAAGGAUGUGGGGGUGGAGGAUGACCAACUGGGAAAAUUCCUGACCAAAAAUCACGCUAUUUUCACUGAAGAUAUAGAAAGCCUGAAGGCCAGAGUAGCUUACCUAAAAUCGAAACAAUUCAGUAAGGCAGAUAUUGCACGGAUGGUCACGAAUGCCCCGUUUCUGCUAAGUUUUUCAGUGGAAAGAUUGGAUAACAGACUGGGCUUCUUCCAGAAAGAACUUAAACUAAGUGUACAAAAGACCAGAAAUCUAGUAAUUCAGCUUCCAAGCUUACUAACUGGAAGUCUUGAGCCUGUGAAAGAAAAUUUGAUCGUUUACCAGCUUGAACUUGGCUUUAAGCAUAAUGAAAUUCAGCAUAUGGUAACGAGAAUCCCAAGGCUGUUAUCUGCAAGGAAAGGGAAGCUCAUAGAAAAUUUUGACUACGUGCAUAAUGUGAUGAAAAUUCCCCAACAUUACAUUGUCAAAUUUCCAGAGGUGUUUACUACUUCGUUGCUGAAAAUCAAAGAAAGGCACCUGUUCCUCAGCUACUUGGGAAGAGCGCAGUACAACCCGGCCCAGCCCAACUACAUCUCUGUGGGAAGACUGGUGUCCAUUCCCGACGAAGUCUUUUGUGAGGAGAUGGCCAAAGCCUCACUAAGUGACUUUGAGAAAUUCCUAAAAACGCUUUAAUUUUCAUCAGCCGUUAAGGGAAUAAGAGUGAGAUGAAAUAAAUGCGUAGACGUGCCUCAGUCCUAACUCAUGUUGAAGGACAGUGACAGUUCUGCAAAAUUUCUGGAUGGGAUAAUGGUUGUUAUCCCAUCUAUCUAAUAAGUGUAUUAGAGUAUUGAGGUUACUGAGGACUGCCCAUCUCCGGAUAAAAAUAGUAAUGUUAUAUUUCAUAGUUCAGUAAAUCAUUUUCUUCCAGUGUUUUUAGGGUAAAUUACAGGCACCAUUCUUCUUGGAUUUCUUUUCUGAGGAAACCAGGGGCAGGACUUUUUGCACUGUUUUAAUCCUUACAAUUUUGUCAAAGGUACAAGGAAAAGGAUGGCGUUUGAGAGGGAGAAUUUGUUUCUAAUGGUAAAGAAUAAUAAUAAUGUGGUAUUUAAGUGCUUGCUAUGUGUCCUGAGUGCUACGAUAGAAGAUCAUCAGGCUGAAUACAGUCCCUGUCCCUCAUCAGCCUCGCAGUCGAAAUAGAGGAGGGACUACAGGGAUUGAAUCCCCAUUUUACAAAUAAGGAAACUGAGGCACAGGAAAGUUAAGUGACUCGCCCGUGGUCAC